GACCUGGUGCGAACCGCUAAUGCAAGGGAAAGAUGGAUGCGGCUACUCCGGUAUCUCCUUCUGGUUCUGCGGGAUGGAUGGCCUUCAUUUCACGUAGGUUUUGUUUGCGUUGACGGUCCACGCCGCUGGAUGCGCGCGCGAGCUGACGCGCGCCGACAUCCUGGAACAGCUCGGAAAACAGAGAUCAGCUUCACAACAACACACAAGACGACAGCCUCUCCUGGCGGACAUCCUCGCAACAGCGCUCCGUGUCCGCUGCCAUCGCCGGCAUACCAGAGUGGACCGACACAAUGUCCGUGGGCGUCCUCACUGAAUUCGGCUUCCUCUACGAAGGCAGUGACUUUGAGGCGUGGAAGACAUGCAUGCGUGUCACGCUCCGCGCACGCAAUGGCUUAGAGCCAGCCGAUCUACCCCCAACGCACCCGCAAAUGGACAAUGAACAAUUAAUGGCGCUCAUGGAGUCCGACGACAAAAUCCAAGAAGCGAUGCGCGAUGCCGCUCUCCAUUGCAACCAACUAGAAGUAUCGAGGCUCAAGGGCCACAUUACGAAGCUCAAGGAUCAUGCUGCAAAGCUCGAAGCGCGGCUCGAUGCCUUCACCCAGGCAGCGGUAUUUGACCCUCUGAAACGCGUUGCUUGCGUGAUGGAGGAGGCACGAAUCCCACUGCGAAACCCACCACGCCCGAAGAUGUCCACUUUCGUGGCAGCUAAGGUCCCCAAGGAGAAAGUUGUCAACGAAGCUUCGGAUAUACAGUACAUGUGCCGCUGGAUUUCCCGACUUCUGCUCCCACGCAUACCAGAUACUGCCAAAGGCGACAUCGCAAGCUUCUUCAAGUCUCUAUCGGCCCUCGUGAAGCCGUUCCCAUUCCUCCGCUUGACACCAGAGAUCAGACAACGAAUCUACGUUCUUGCUAUCGACAAUGGCUUAACUAUCGACGAGGAUGAGCCGAACCUAUCGAUCUGUUCCGUCAACAGAGCGACUCGCAAGGAGGUCAGACCGAUCUUCUACCAACAAGCGACUUUCGCCCAUCCGGGGCUCUACCAUAUUUAUGAGCGCAAACGGGAUUGGUCGCCCAAAGGAGUGCUCAAGGCGAUUUCGAACUGGUCGCGUCUCGAUGUUCGAGACUGCAUGAAGUACCUGAGAGCCUUUCGAAUCCGCACGUGCGUCGGCAAGUUGGAUGGUUGGGGCGUAUUCGCGACCGUCACCUUUCGCUUCUCGCCCGAAACAGGACUUUCGUCUGAUGUGAGCUUGGAAGAUGGCACACUUUGCACAAAGUCGAUAGCUGCUUUGGACAAGCAUGUCGCAUUCGUCCAAGGUAGACGAAAAGCAAUGAAGCUGCAAGGCGAGUCUGUCGUCAUGGCUGUGCUCAACUUUCCCGACCUUUGGGAGCCAGGCGUGCUACGUCUCUCAGGGGACUGCAACUGUCAAACCGUGGAAGGUGGUUCUAUGGCGCUGGCUCAUCACGUAAGUACUCGAUGCUGAACGAGCAGCGGGCCGCUUCAUCACCACUUGGUAUCGGGAACGAGAUGUUUGCAGAGCUGUUAUGCAAUGAAGAGAUUACGCACGACGUUCUGCACCACUUAUGCGUUACUACACUCGGUCGACGCUACCUUUACACCACAUCAAAAAGAAACACACCGAAUGCUGAAGCAUCGGUUCGAGCUGCAGCUGCAUCUCGGCUCUUGAUCAGCUCUAGGCUUCGAUAGUGCCCUGUACCAUAAUUUUUCAGUUUCCAUGGACCACACAAAAGUAUCGUGGUCUCCGGACUUCCUCGAG